UCCUUGUGCAUGUGCAUGGCCUCAAAGGUUCAUAAAUUGAUCUUUUUUUUUGUUAAGGGAAAAACUUUAAAAAAAGAGGGAACAUGGGAUGGGAGGACAUUUGUCAGUUUGUUGAUCCCUCAAGCAACAAACAGGCAAAAUCAUAGUAGUAAUAAUAAUGGUGAGGCCUGGCAGUCAUUGAUAGCUUUGCUUUGCUUUGCUUUUCUUUUCUUUUCCUUUGUGUUUGGAGUAUUAGAUUGAAAGCAAUUCGGUUUCCAUGGAUUACGAAAGAAUCCAAAAGCCUCAGGGAGGAGGUGGAUUUUCGCCUGCCAAGCUAAGGACUAUGCUGUUAGGAGUAGAAAACAAAAGAAAACAAGAAGAACAAGAAGUUGAAUCUUCAAUAGAUUUAAGAUCUCAACUUUCUCACCUUGAUGAUGCAGGGGAAAGUGGUUCUGAUAGUUGCAAAGAUGUAGAUGUGGUUAGUGUGCUUCCAGAAUCUUCUACUACCACGACAGCAGAUUCAAUGGCUGCUGUGCAGAAUGGUAGUGAACGUUGGUUAAAGGAUCAUUCUUUAGGCAAAACUCGAAGCCGGUUCAUUGAGGAUCAUCCUGCUUUAGAUUAUGAUAGUGGACAUGACAAUAUGAGUGUGUUUGAGUUUCAGAAGACUGAACGGGCACCACAAAGAGUUCCUGUUGGGCCAUUUUCUAAACCGGCGCCAUCUAAAUGGGAUGAUGCUCAGAAAUGGAUAGCUAGCCCUACUGCGAAUCGGCCAAAGACAGGGCAGGGUGGACAAGGGGUAGGAUCAAGAAAAGGUGGUAAUUUUGGUCAUGGCAGACAAUCGUCUACCAAGGUGGUUGUUGAAGUUCCAGAACAAAGGAUGGUUGCUUUUGAAGAACCGGAUACAAAACGGAUUGAUAUGAAUCAUGCUAAGAAGGAUAAUGGGUUGCAGAAGUUUGUAAAUUGGGAGAGUGAUCCAUACCCAGUGAUGGAUUCGUAUGGGAAGCCUGUGCUAAUGAUUGAGAACUCUGUUGCAGAGUCAGCGAUUAGUCUUAGCCAGCAUGAUUCAUCAAUGUCUAUACAGAGUGCUACAACAUAUAUUCCUCCGCCUUCAACGGCUAGAUCAGUAUCCAUGAGAGAUAUGGGCACAGAAAUGACUCCUAUUGCUAGCCAAGAACCUUCAAGGACAGGAACUCCUGUGCGGUCAACAACUCCAAUACGCAGCCCAAAUUCAACCAGGCCAUCAACUCCCAGCAGAGCUGUGCCAUCUUCAUCUCCAGCUACUUCACCUUUUGACAGCUUAGAUCUGAACUUGGAAUUGUCAGAGAAGGAGCUACAACAGAAAACAAGGAGAGAAAUUAUGGUUCUUGGGGCCCGGUUGGGUAAAACAAACAUAGCUGCAUGGGCUAGCAAAGAGGAGGAGGAUAAAGAUGCAUCCACUUCACUUAAAACUGUAGCACCAGAACAACCAGCUAAAAGUGUCGAGACCCGUGCGGCAGCAUGGGAGGAGGCAGAGAAAGCCAAGUAUAUGGCCAGGUUCAAACGUGAAGAAAUGAAAAUUCAAGCAUGGGAGAACCAUCAAAAAGCAAAAACUGAAGCUGAGAUGAGGAAAAUUGAGGUUGAGGUUGAAAGGAUGAGGGGGCGUGCUCAUGAUAAGCUCAUGAAUAAACUAGCCGCUACAAGGCACAAGGCAGAAGAGAAGCGUGCAGCAGCAGAAGCCAAGAGGAACCGACAAGCUGCAAAAACUGAGCAGCAAGCAGAAUAUAUUCGAAGAACUGGCCGGAUCCCUUAUUUUCCCUGCUGGAGUUGGUGCUCAUGAAAUUCGAAUUUUUCUAUCAGAUCGAUCUGUUUCACCCAUCUGCUCUACUCAUGUAGGUUUUCGCACUUUCCAACUUCUACCAAGAUGUUCUUGACUCUCUCAUGUCAUGCCGUUUCCAGGUAUUCAGCUAUUGGUACCCAUGAAUAUUGAAAUAUCAUACCCCUCUGCAUUCCCACUGUAAAUCUAAGCUUUACUAGCAACCUGAUAAACUGGUCAAAAGCUAAAAUGCAGUUCAUUUUACCUCUUUUUUCCUCUUCCAAAACCCCCCUCCAUCAGACCCCAUCCCAAAGAAAAACAUAUCUGACGGGAAGAAGACUGAAGAUUGAAAUUUAAAAUUUUUUACGGAUUUGUUGUAUGAGUUGUAUAUUUUGUUGUAUCAAUUACAAUAUACAUAUAUUUCCUAGUGUUUUGGGUAUUUAAAGCUAUAUCUAUAAUUUGAGUUUGGAGUAAUCUAAAAUUCAAUACUUUU